AACCAGCUCAUCUCUCGACCGAAGACGCUCUCUUUCCUGUCUCUUCCCUUCUCUUCUCUCUUUCUCUCUACCCAAAUCUACGUUCAUUACACAGAGAACCGUUCAAACUUCUUCAAUAUCUUCGAAUCUUCUCAUCUACCAAGUGUCUUUGUGUGUGAAAAAGCAGCAUUGCGGAUAUGUUCACUGAAGGGCUGGACGAGAGUGCCAUCAACUGGAUCAAGAAGGGAUCAGAUGUGGAACAGUGUCAAACUAGAUCACCUUUGACUGAGAAGCUAGACACGAAGUACCCUCUUCCUAGAUCACCGUUAGCGUAUAGUUCUAGUAAUUUCACGUCUUCCCAUGUUCUGCCUCCUUUGAAAUUUCACUCUGGUCUGCUGAAACCCAUCAACACUGUCGCUCUAAGUGUUGACAGCAAUGAGGAUGAAUCAGAUUAUUACAAUGAUGAUGAGAGUGAGAGCGUCGGUUCGGCCCCGGACGAAGUAUCUCGGAACCACUCUGAUGAUGACAUGGUUGAUAGGCCGGUGAUCAGGGGUUUUGAAGAAGAUAUGUUAUAUGUCAAUUCGAGCAAAAAUCUGAAUGACAGAAAACAUGUGUCUACAAUAAAUAGAGGGCCGUUGAAAGAAGAUCUCCGUGUUGAAGUUCCAGGGAGUGUAAGAAGGUUCACUGAUGGGGAAUGGGGUUCAAGAGGAUGCGGUCCAAGCAGUGGAGUUUCCCUUGGAAGUUGCAGGAUGUACGAGAAAAACCAACCUCAUAGUGCUUAUGGUACUCCAAUUGGUAAAUUAGGUGAAACUUUGGACCUAGGGACCCCCAGUGCACCACCCUUUAUGGAUAUCGGCAAUGUUCAGGACUCUGAGGUGGGAAGCGAGAAAACCACUGAUGUUCAGUACAAAGAAUCAGAUCAAGGUUUAUCUGGUGAUAAAGUUUUUUCAGAGCAAAGUCAAAGAUCUUUGAGAACUGAAACAGAAGACGGUGGAAGGGAUGAUGAAGAAACACUACGGGAAAGAGAGCAUCCUGUUCCUGUCCAGCAUGCAAAUUCACUUAAUCACAUGCCAUAUUACCAUGCCAGCGGUCAAAAUGCAUGGCAAGCACUCGUUGCUUAUGAUGCCUGCAUUCGGUUAUGUCUGAACUCGUGGGCAAGAGGAUGUGCAGAGGCCCCAGAGUUUCUGCGUGAUGAGUGCCUGCUCCUUCGUAAUGCUUUUGGACUACACAAACUAUUGCUUCAACCUCGUGGUGUACAACAAGCGGACAGAGAAAAUAAGGUGACGGAACAAGCAAUGGCCUCAAAUGUGAAAAGAACGGUUGGGAAGAUCCGUGUGGAAGUGAAAAAGCUCCGGAUAAUACCUAGAAGAAAGCUGAAGAAUACAAACUCAAUGAGAGGUGCUAUUUACUUGCAAGCUGGGGCUGAGUAUGUCCGACAUGUUUCAUCUAUAGUGAAGCACAGGAUCAAUUCUCUCAAACUCAGUUCAUUGUCAUUCCCAUGUGAAGAAUCACUGUUGUGCAUGAUUCAUCUGAAAAGUUCGGCAGAAGAUAACGAAGUGGGACCAAGUUCGGCUAUCUCACUGCGGCCUGGAACUGGAGAAUAUCAUGACUUUUUUCCUGAGAGCCAAGGAGAUGCCCUUUUACUUGAAGUCCAGGAUGCAAUGAAAAAUGUUCAAGGUUGUGCCACAAUUCCAGUUUCUUCCCUGACGGACAACCAUAAUGAUAGAGUUCGGUGGUGGCCAAUUUAUCACAAUGAUAAUGAAUGUGUCGGGAAGAUCUUACUCUCCAUUGGAAGCACAUUUACAAGUGAUGAGACAAUGCUUAUGAAGAGUGGAUCUAUAGUCGAGACCGUAGCAUAUGAUCUGUUGCUGGAGGCUGCCAUGCGGGCACAACAGUUCGAUGCACGAAAUUUACGUAUAGAGGGGCCUUGGAAGUGGAUCCUCACAGAAUUUGCUGAAUACUAUGGAGUUUCUGAGUCCUAUACGAAGCUCAGAUACCUCUCUUACGUCAUGAAUGUUGCCACCCCUACAAAAGAUUGCUUAGAGCUUUUGCACGAGUUGCUUGUUCCAGUCCUGAAGGCCAGAAGCGAGAGAAAUUUGACAAGACAGGAGAAAAGUAUUUUGAUGGAUUGUGAGACGCAAGUAGAGAGGCUUCUGGCAGAGGUGUUUCAGAAUUACAAGUCACUGGACGAAAAGUCUCCAACAGGGUUAGCAGAUAUGUCGGCUCCAAUAUCAGAAACUGCAGCACCAGCACUAGCUCCUGCCGUGCAACUAUAUACGCUUCUACAUGACAUACUUGCUCAAGAUGCUCAGGCUACGCUAAGAAACUAUCUACAGAUGGCAGCAACAAAAAGAUGUCGAAAACACAUGCUGGAGACUGACGAGUUUGUGUCAAGCAACUCUGAGGGCUUCAUUAUGGAUUCAGAUACAAUCUCCAAGGCCUAUCUGAAGAUGAAGAAUCUCUGCAUCAACAUAAGCAAUGAAAUUCACAUUGACAUCAAGAUCCACAAUCAGCAUAUAUUUCCCAGUUCAAUAGACCUGUCAACUAUCACCUCAGCAGUUUAUAGCACAGAAUUGAACAAGAGGCUUGGAGGUUUUCUUGCUGCAUGGCCUCCAUCAAGUCCCAUGCCACAUGUGAAUGAACUUCUCGUAGCCAUGGCUGACUUUGAGAGGAGUCUUGAGUUGUGGAAUAUCAGCCCUGUCCAAGGUGGAGUUAACUCCAGAGACUUGUACCACGGUUACAUUAUGGUCUGGAUACAAGAUUUGCAACUUACUUUACUUGAUCUUUGCAAAGCAGAAAAGGUACCUUGGUCUGGAGUGUUUACCAAAUACUCAACCUCUCCCUUUGCUGAGGAAAUGUUUGAAAAGAUGGCAAGAAUGCUCAGCGAAUAUGAAGUUGUGAUCAAUAGAUGGCCUCAAUACACGUUGAUUUUGGAGAAUGCUGCUGCAAACAUAGAAAGAGCGAUAAUUAAAGCAUUGGAAAGGCAAUACCAUGACAUUUUGACCCCUCUUAGAGAUAGCAUACCGAAAAGACUUGGUAUGCAGGUACAAAAAUUGGCAAGGAGGCAAUCAACCACGUAUUAUUCCAUUCCUAGCCAGCUGGGGAUAUUUCUGAACACUAUGAAGAGAAUUCUGGACGUCCUUCAUUGUAGGAUUGAGGAUAAACUGAAAUCAUGGGCAUCCUAUUUGCCCAUAAAUGGAGACAAUAAGUCCACUUUUGGGGAGCAGAUGAAUGCUACAACUGUCCUCCUUCGGACAAAGUAUAAGAAUUACAUUCAAGCAAUAGUGGUCAAGCUUGCCAGCAAUAUGCAAGCUAACAGGAGCACCCGUCUCCAAAGGAUCUUGGAAGAUACAAAAGAAGCAGACGGGGAAGCUCAGAUUCGCGAGAGGAUGCAACUUCUGAGCACACAACUCUCUGAAUGCAUCUCUAACUUGCAUGAGACUUUUACAAGCCAAAUAUUUGUUGCAACCUGUCGAGCUUUCUGGGACAAAAUGGGACAAAUUGUAUUGAAGUUUCUGGAGGGCAGAAAGGAGAACAGAGUUUGGUACACCGGAUCCUACCAUGCCCUCGGGAUUCUGGACGACGUAUAUGCGUCUCAGAUGCAGAGGCUGCUAGGAAAUGCUUUGCAAGAAAAAGACUUGGAGCCCCCGAGAUCAAUUACUGAAGCUCGAUCUAUUUUGUCAAGAGACACUACAAACAGAAUGGACUCAUCCUCAUACAUAUAUUUCUAAACAACAUUUCUUGGAAAUGUUACUUUCAAUUCAAAAAGAGCUGUCAUCAAUAACACAAUGCAUAGAAAUUUUUUGGUAUAUAUAAUUCUUUUGUAUGUAGAACGACAAUUGUUUAAUAAAAAUUCUUUUACAUAUACUGUAGUUUCUUGUGUAACAGUAACUUAGCAUCAUCAAAAUGACAUUUACCUUCCUUGUUUUUGCUCCAGCGAAAGAUAAACUUUUCAUUCUUCUUUCUGAUUAUGACUUAAUGCCAAGUGUACGUACAAAAGAGAAUAUGUUAAUGUCUGAAACAAUUGGACCAACAGAAGAACAAUCAAUCAUGGUCUGUCUUCCCUGCGCAGCUUCUGGGUUAAUGGCAUACAAUCUCCUCCUAUGAUCACGGCUUGCCAUCCAUGAUGAACAACAAUGGCCUUCAUGCAUAUGCAGUGGACUGACCAGUUUCAAAAUGCAGGCAGAUCAACACCACCACCAGCACCUCCAGCAUCACCACGACCUCCGUCAUCACACCACCCCUCGCCACCAUCACCCCCGCCAUCACCACGACCGUAGUUGCGACAAGCAAGGUUGAGCAUGCAAAUGAUUAACAU